GUUGACGAGAUAAAGGAACAAGUUGAUUCAAUCGUCGAUCCCUUAAUCGACAAGGUUGUCAAGGAUAAAGAAACCUAGAGAGAAGGAACCAAGGAGGAGGCAAUGACAUGAUGUAGAUUAUUGAAGAGAGAGGUCUCACGGCACGGCACGGCAUCGGCAUCGGCUACAUAGAAGAAGACAGCAACACAAGCUUAGUCGUCCUCGUCCCCCCAAUCUUCAGCCCUUGUUCAUCAACAAACCACAUGGCCGCGCUCGGUCCUGCUUCUGUUACCUCCACGGGCUUGGCGCUGCACACCCCUGCGAUUCCUCAUCGUCGGCGUCGCCACGGGAAUGCAGUGGCCUGUGCGUCGUCGUCUCAACACCAGCGAAGCCUUAAUGGCUUGGCGAUGAGUUCUUCAGGCACGAACAAUGCCUUGCCCAUCAAAGGAAUUACCACUACACGGGUUCCUGCAGUCGGUCGUUCGGUCCCUGCAGCGAAUCCGUCGCCGUCAGGAGGGAACAACCUCCCGGUGCCCAAGAUUCCUCCGUGGGUCAAGUGGGUGGCUGGCGCCGUCAUAUUUGCAGUGCCCAUGUACAGGAGGUUCAGAGCUUUAGAAGACAAGAUAGAGAAGACGGCGGAGGUGGCGAUCGAGGUGAUCGACAAGGUGGCGGAGGCGACGGAGAAGGUCGCCGGCGAGGUCGCCGACGAGUUCCCCGGCAACGAGAGCAUCAAGGAAGCAGCCUCCAGGAUCAAGAAGGUCAUGCACGUGGUCGAGGAAGACGCCGACAAGGCUGAGGCCCUGAUCGAGAAGGUCGACGAGAUAAAGAAAGAUGUGGAUUCGAUUGUCGAUCCUAUAAUCGGCAAGGUUGCCAAGGAUAAAUCGCGGAGAAUGAACCAAAAAGGAUGACAGCAGUCGGUGAAUUGAAAGGAGCGCAAACAUUGCUCGGACGGAAAGGGAAGCAACAGGACGCGUCUCGUUUCGUCUCAUGUUUAUCUCGUGCCAUGGCUUCCUACGUACAAACAGGAGAUGAGGCAUAUGAUGGUGUAAAACACUCUUUUAUAUUGUAGAUUGUACUAAGAGAGAAGUUCGAAAUAAGAGAUGAGAUAAGAUGAGAGAUGUCAUGAAUAA